AUGUGUGACCAGCAGCAGAUUCAGUGUUGCCUGCCGGUCCCCCAGUGCUGUGUGAAGGGUUCCUCCUUCUACCCUUCCCCAUCCUCUUGUCCCCAGAGCCAGGUGGUGGUUCAAGCCCCUUGUGGGAUGCAAAUUGUGGAGUGCCCUGCUCCAUGCCCAGUUCAAGUUUCCCAGGUGAAGUGCCAGGCUCCCUGCCAGGCUCCCUGCCAGGCUCCCUGCCAGGCCCAGGUCACCAAAGUGAAGUGCCAGGCUCCAUGCCAGGCACAGACCACCAAGGUGAAGUGCCAGGCUCCAUGCCAGCCCCAGACCACGGAGGUGAAGUGCCAGGCUCCCUGUCAGUCUGAGGUUUGCUAUGUACAGUGUGGAGCCCCAGGUCCUGUUCAGACCUGCUAUGUAGAAUGUGCUCCAGUUUGUUAUACAGAAACUUGCUAUGUGGAACGCCCAGUUCAAACGUAUGUACCCUAUCCAGCUUCCCAGCCUGUCCAGACUUACGUAGUGUGUCCCCCAGCAUGCCGAUCUCAGGGAAGAUUCUCCACCCAGACCCAGUAUCAGGGCUCUUUCAACAGCUGCGCCCCCCAGCGGCAGUCUCGGGCUCCAUGCCGUACUUACGCACCCCAAUGCCAGACCCAGGGCUCUUCUGAGAGCUUCUCUGUGCAGCGGCGCUGUCGGAGCACCAGCAGAUGUCUCCCUCCUCGCCAGCUGCAGCCUUCCUACCGCAGCUGUUCGCCACCACGACGUUCUGAGUCCUCCUACCGCGGCUGCGUUCCAUCAAGAUGCGCUUCAGGAUCCUACAACUACUGCACCCCGCCCCGCCAAUCUGAGCCCAUCUAUAGCAGUUGCUGUCCUCGGGGUCCCACUUCAGGCUCCUCUCAGAGAUGUGGACCCAAGUACCGAGUAGAGAUUUCCUCACCUUGCUGCCCCAAGCAGGUUCCCCCCCAGAGGCGUGCUAUUCAGAUUCCUCCCAUCAGACGCUGCCCCGAGAGCUGUGCUCCUCGACCCUCCUGGGGAGCCUCCUGCCCGGAGCUGAGACCACAUGCAGAGCCACGUCCGCUCCCAAGCUUCUGUCCACCCAGGAGUAUUGACCAAUGUCCACAGCCAUCACUGCCGCGACGUCCACUUCCUGCCCCACGUCCAUGCCCACGCCCAGAACGAUGGGCAAGCCCAGAACGAUGUGCAAGUCCAGAGCGUCGCCCGUGUUCACCUCGGCGACUUUCGGAGCCCUGCCUGUGUCCAGAACCAAGUCCAGCCCCACGGCCAGCCCCACGGCCAGCCCCACGGCCAGCCCCGCGGCCAGCCCCGCGGCCUCACCCAGAGCCAAGUCCACGACCCUGUGAGCGCCCAGAACCUUGUCGAGAGCCAAUUCCCCUUCCACCGCCCUGCCCGAGCCCAGAGCCGUAUGUGCAGCCUCGGAGCUGCCCCAGCCCAUGCUCAGGCCCAAAUCCAAUUCCAUGCUCUGGAGACCUAGGCUGUCAUGAAUCCCAUCCAGUCCGCCUGGACACCGAGGGUCCCUGCUGUGGCCCAGCUCGUUAUAACCAGUGUGGAGACAGUGAUGCUAGCUACGGACCUUGUGAUGUAUUCCCAGAGCCACUGUGCUUGGGUGGUUACGGAGACCAAGGAGGUUCCUCUGCUGGAGCGAAAGGCGGGGCCUCUGCUGGAGCGAAAGGCGGGGCCUCUGCUGUAGCAAAGGGUGCCUAUUUUUAA